UAAUUUAUUUUAAAUAACGUUUAAAAUGAGUUAUUCACUAUUUUUAAACCAUGUCCUUUAAAAAUAUUUCCAGUUAUAACGAUAAAUCGAUGAAUGCGUAGCAUCUCUAAUAAAAAGGUAAAUUUGAACUCCCAAACCAAAGACGCCGGUCAAGGAGUGCAAAGGAGUGUUUACAAAAAAGUGACGAAGGAGUUGUGCAAAAGUAUUCGUAUAAAACACGUGCAUAUCAAAAAUAUGGUUUUGGCAAAAGUGCCAAUUACUCCACAAUGGAAUUUAACAAACGGAUGUGUUUGCACACCGGAUGGUGGCUUCCUUUAUGUAGGUUCACGCAGUAUUAACUAUGUUGGUCCAAUUCAACAAGUUGAUGGCGACGACAAUGAAAAUAAACCACCAGUCAUUAAAGUUUUCCAUACACGUCAAAGUAUAUUGAGUAUAGAUGUAGAUCCCGGUUGGUCAAUAAGCGCUACAGCAGCAAUUAAAGCUUCCGAAAAUACGACUGAUGUGGUAAAAACUGCGACCACUAACAACCAACAAAAGUAUUUUGCCGCCUUGGCACAGGAUAAUUCCGUACAGAUAUGGGAUUUCGAUCGUGGUUGUGCGGUGAGUGGACAUAAGGCACAUUUUAGCACAGCUUUGUACAUGGACGGCAAUGGACCAUCGCCGCAAGGUGAUCAUGUGCUCCUAAGCUAUAUGCGCAAUCGCAAUGUGUUGUCGAUUAAUGCACAGGAUAUUGUGGUGUAUUGUGUGGCGUCUAAUACUUAUUGUCGCCGACCAAUGUUUAUUUCAAGCCGAAAUCAAACACUAACGGUGCUGCGCUGCUCGCCACACAAUGAACAUAUCUUUGCUGUGGGCACCAAUCGUGGUUUGGUUGUAAUUGGUGAUCUACAAAGCAUGAGCACAUUAUAUAUGUUACGUGGACAUGAGGCAGCAAUAACUUCACUAUCUUGGUGCCCACAAAAUGUGCCACCAUUUAAACAACAAAAAUGUACGCUCAAAGAUGAAAAUCACAACGCAAACACCAAUGUAGAGAAAAGUUCGGUUGAGGAACCCCAACUGAUAAUUGAGGAUGCAAAGCAAUCAAAGCCUGCACAAAAGCAAAAUUCUAAAACGCAAAAUAAUGCUAAAAAAUCGAUUAUGCCCGUCGGUAAUGAUGACAUAUUCGACAUCUAUGACUACGAUUAUUUGGAAAAUGAGUUUGGCGCACCAACCGAAACGGAUAAGAAAGUGAAAGAAACUGAUGAAAAUAUUGUUACUGACAAGUCUGUUGAAUGUGGUCCAACAACAAAUUUUGAUUUUGUCGAAGCAUGUCAAAGUCUUAAAGGUGAAAUUGACGCUUUGAAGCAGGAGCAAGAUUACGGAGAUGGUGAUACCAAACAAUUGCCCGAUGUCACGCUAGCCGAUUGUCAAAAGGUUGCACGUGCAGAAAAUUUAUCAUCAAGCUGCGAUGGCGACAGCGCUGAGUCAACUGAAGGCAGCUUAGAUUUAGCUGAGCGCUCAUCGGAUGACGAAGUGUGCGUCGAUGGUGGCGAGUUAAAUCCGAAACAACAAAUACUGCAUCAAGCAGAAGUACAUGCAGAGCAAUCCAAAGAUUUGGAAAAGAAAGAAGUUAAAGAAACGUCGGAUUUAGUAACUACUAAGCCUGUAACAGACGUAAAUAUUGUUGAAAAUGUUGAUAAAAAUACAACUAAAGCAGUUGAAGUAAAGGUUGAUAACGACAAUCGCACGGCGACUUCAGAAAGUAAUUCAGAACAACCAUCUAUUGACGGAGUGGCAUCUCAAGACAAUUCUAACACUGCCGAAAAGCAAGACCAGCAACCUUCAUUGUUAGCGUCCGCUAGCGUUGAUGGCAGUUUUUGGAUUUGGAAUACAAAUACCGGCGCAAGUUGUGAUCGCUUGCGCGCUAUAAACGCAGGCAAACAUGGCAAAAACACCAGCAUACAAAUUGACUGGCUAAGCUCAACCGAAUUCCUCACUACAAAUAAAACUGGUGAACUUUUACUUUGGUCAAUGGUACAAGAUACACCAACUACUGCCACAAAUCCACAACAUCAGCGUUACAAGUUCAAAGCAGACACCAAAAAAUCGUUUCUUCAACGCAGCGUCAUGUCCUUUAGCAUUUCGCAUGCCCACAGUUUACUCUGGUGCUUGUCAUCAUAUCGUGAAAUCAGUUGCGAAAAUUUGCAGACUGAAAAACUAUUGCUCAAAUAUUGCUGUGCUUCCACGAAUGUUUCGGCGAUGCGUGAGUGCCCGGAUGACAUGAAUAAAAUUGCUUUGGCUUUAUCCGAUCGUCGUGUUGGUAUCAUUGACAUAUCCAAAAUGUCUGCCACUAAUGUGUUCAUCGAGAAUUUCAUACCGCGUAUCGAUGCUUCUGUGCUGGCGCUUGUUUGGAGUCCGGAUAGUAAGCGCUUGGCAUUUGGCACGCUAGAAGGCAGGGUCGGCAUCAUCCAUGUGGAGUCGGGCAAACCCACCAUCACCUUCAAUCCAUUCUGCGGCAAGCCCAUUUAUUCCAUUGAUUGGCAAGGCGAUCACAUAUUCGUGGUUAGCAACGAUAUUUUGGCCGUUUACGACACAAAUUCCGAGCAAAAAGAUGCGCACAUCAUACGUGAGAUUAAAAGCAUCUCAACAGUGUCGGUACACGAUAACGUGCUUUACGUUGGCACCCAACGUGGACACGUACAAGUUUACCAUCGUAAGCCCAAUCUCGCCUACUCCUACACCCUAGUGCAGGACGUACCGCUAGCGCCACGUUACAUUACCGAAAUCUCCUGGAGCCCAAUAGCCAGCGAUCAUGUCGCUGUCGUGGCCAAUGCCAACAACAUACACAUACUGAAAUCACACUCGCCAGACGGUGUACUCACACCGGUACGUCGCAUCGAGAUCAAAAAUCCCAAAGCUGCCAAUGCUUGCGUCAAAUGGAGCAAUCGCAAUGCCAACGAGUUUCUGACGUGCGGUUUUGACGGUGGCGUACGUGUUUGGGAUCUAAAUUCGACUACAAACGAUGAGAAAUUCCUCAAACAAUUUCCAUGUCCCAUGACAUGUGGUCUGUUCUUCCCGACCGACGAGGCAAUCGUGAUGUGCGCCGGCAAAUCGACUUCGGUGGAGCUCUUCGAUAUGCGUUUGGAGGAGUCUGUGGUUUAUUCGGCAUCGAAAUGGAAGCGCUCCAACUUGCACACUUUGGACCAAGUGAAAUGGGCCAUGAAAGUGGCCACACGCACUGAGGCGACAAAACCAUUGACGGCAGCUGAGAAGCGUCGUCUCAAACGCGCUGAAAACGGUCAGGUGGUGACCGAACGCGAGGAGUGUACGAACGGUGCGGCUGGCAAUGGUGAGGCUGGCGCUGAGGUCACCGAUCUGUUUAACGCAAUGAAGUUGAAUGAGCAAAACACGACAGUAGCGGCGGCGGAGAAUACAGAAGUUCAGCCGAAGACGGAGACGGAGACAAAAGUGGCAAAGAACCGUGAGGAUUGUAUGGACUGGAGUUACAGCUCGGUCUACAUGAGGACUCCGCCCACUGUUUUGAGCUGGACAAGCAAGGAGCUCAAUAAAAAUGUUUUGGACAAAUUGAAUAUGGCUUUGAGCAAACCAGGGCCGCAAGGUUUUCUUUGCCCCAAAUUAUUUGGUACAAAAGCGGAUGCCGAAAAGCUCUUGCAAAUAGAAUUAAGUCAUGUUAGAAGUUCGAAACCCACGGGCAUACACAACUUAUUUCUGAUGCAGUUAAACUCUUCCACUCUCAAAGAGGAAAUAAUGCAGUGUCUAAUGAGAAAAGAGCUAAGCGAAUGGCAUGUGGCCGUGGCACCAACCAUAUCAUACAAAUUUUGGCAAAACGUGUGCCAGUCCUUUGCCGAGCAGCUGCUUGAAAAAGGCUACCCUCUGCAGGCAGCCACCUACAUGAUGGCGAUGCAUCGUCAUGCAAGAGCCAUUGAAAUGCUCUUGUCAAAGUAUUACUACACGGAAGCGCUACUGAUCGCACGAGUUCAUUUGCAAGACGACGAUCCGUUAUUUGUGACCAUUGUCGAUAAAUGGAUCGCGCAUUUGGCAAUGGUGGGCAACCUCACUGCGUCGGCGUUGAUUUCCGUACUCAGUGGACAGUUUAAUCGUGCCCAUGACAUCCUAUCUAGGGUGCGUAAUAUUCAUCCGGAAAUCGAACGCGUGCUGGAAAAGUUAAAUAGAAAGCAACUAGAGCAGAAUAAGCAGGACCAGUAAUCACUUUGUUAUUUACAAAAACAAUACAUACAUAUGAAAAACCAUAUUUAAAAUGUGCCAACGCACACAUUUCUCAAUAAUAGUUAUAUAUUUACAUAUAUACAUACAAUACGUACACAUACACAUACAUAUGUUGAAGUAUAGUAGUGUUUAAGAAUUGCUUGAAUGGCAUUGUUAUUGUUUACUCUACUUUUACGUUAAUGUAACGGUUAAAUCUCUAAUUUUCAUAAUUUUUAUACAAAUGAAUUUCUAAGUAACUGUUUUUGAAAACCAUGAGGAAAUAAAGAAAUGAACUCA